CCAGCCUGCAAGCGGAGCUGUAAGACCCACACUGCCCUCAGUCAUGAACUAGUAGGUAAUAGUGCAGGAGUCACUGGAGUUUUGGUCGGAUAAGGAAUGUAAAUGUCUGAGGACAAGGAAGCCCAGGAGGAUGAGCUGCUUGCUUUAGCAAGUAUUUAUGAUGAAGAAGAGUUUCACCGGGCAGAGACAGCACAGGGGGGAGAGAUACAAUUCCUCCUGGAGCUCCCCCCUGAUUUCAAAGUGGUUGUCAGAGGAGAAAAGGAACUGGAAUAUGACAUUAGCUUCUUACCCCCUUUGAUACUCAACUUUGAGCUUCCUGAAGACUAUCCAUCUAAAUCUGCCCCCAUCUUUACCCUUAGCUCUAAAUGGAUGACCAGAGCACAGAUGAGUGCUCUGUGUAGACGCCUCGAUGAACUGUGGGAGGAAAGCCAGGGCUGUGUGAUUCUUUUCACAUGGAUCCAGCUUCUCAAAGAAGAAGCUCUGGACUUUUUGGGAAUUCAAUCACCUCUGGAGGUCAUCAAAGGAGGAAGUAAGGCAGGUGGUGAGCGCAGGAAAAAUGACACAGCGGUGGCACAGUGUGGGAGUCUCUCUGAAAGCUCAGAGGAAAGUAAAAGAGAAAUGAAGAAGAAGAAGUCUGAGCAGCAGACGUCUUCAUCUUCUCAGUUGGACUCACGGGCCGUCCUGUUGAUGGAUCCUCGUGCCGACCUCCUACCUCAGCUCCUAGAUUUUGACGAGGCGCAGCGCCAAAGGGUGUUCGAUGGCAAAGUGUUCUGCUGUGGGAUCUGCUUUGUUGAGAAGCUGGGCUCCAACUGCCUCUGCUUUAAGGACUGUCAGCAUGUUUACUGCAAGGCCUGCAUUACUGAGUACUUCCAGAUCCAAAUACGGGACGGCAACGUUCAGUGCCUUAACUGCCCUGAGCCCAAGUGUACCUCCUUAGCCACACAGUUGCAGGUGAAGCAGCUGGUGGAUGAGGAGCUGUUUGCCCGUUAUGACCGCUUGCUGCUUCAAUCCAGUCUGGACCUCAUGGCUGACGUAGUCUACUGUCCCCGCCAGUCUUGUGGCACUGCUGUCAUGGUGGAGCCAGACACAACCAUGGGCAUUUGCUCAGCCUGCCAGUAUGCUUUUUGCACACUGUGCAAGCUGGGCUAUCAUGGUCUCUCCAACUGUAAAAUUACUGCAGAUGACUUGCGUAACCUCAGAGACGAGUAUGUGACAGCCUCAGAUGAGGGGAAAAAGUUCAUGGAGCAACGAUUUGGCAAGAGAGUGAUCCAGAAAGCAGUGGAAGAGUCUUUUAGCCGAGACUGGCUGAAUGAGAACUGCAAAUCCUGCCCUCGCUGCGGAACCAAUAUACAGAAAGCAGAUGGCUGCAACAAGAUGACCUGUACCUCCUGCAGACAAUACUUCUGUUGGCUUUGUCUGGGUCAGCUCAGCAAAGUCAACCCUUACAGUCACUAUAACAACCCAAGUUCACCAUGUUACAGCCAACUUUUCCAGGGUGUGGAUAUUGAUGAAGAAGAGGCCUUCUGGAGCGAUGAGGAGGACUGACACCAGUGCAAAGCCUCACAGCUGUAUGCUCCAUGUGAAUGCACUUUAUCUCACAUCACUCACCAUCACCCAUUGUACGCACUACAUCUGCACAGCUGUGCCAUGUCAGCCAUGUACCAAUGCUAAUAUACAGAAUAUAGAAUGGUAUCUGAUACAAAACCUAAAAAGGUAUCAUGUGUUUUUCUAAUCAGGCAGAGAUGUCAAGCAAAGGAGAAACAAUGGUGGUAGUUUUAAAAAUCACAUUGAUACAUGCUUAUUUUAGCCCCUUCAAUUAUUAAAAUAAGCAAUUAGCAACAUCUUCACUAAUAUUACUUUAUCUUACAGCCUUAGCAAACAUAACCAUUUGUCAGUGUUCAACAGCACUAAUGGGGAGGCAUUAGUUUUUAGUUUAUGGUAAUAUUAGCAAAGAAGUGGCUGACUGCUACAUUAGCGGUUGCCUGAUUGCAGGUAAUUAUUGAUCAAAUAUUCCCUUGAAAUCUGGCCCAGUGUCUACCCUCGAUUUUCACUAUCCACAAAUGUAUAGCCACUGAGUUAAAACAAAUGACAAGUCUUUGUCAUAUUUCCUUCAUCUAUACAACUCACCACCUGAAAAGCAGCACGACAGAGAAGCAGCAACAUCUCUGACUUUGAAUGUGUUGUCAGAGGAAAAUAGUGAAAUGCACAAUUAGCUUCUGAUUAAUUUUGACAUCUUAAUGAGUUAGAAGAUAACAACCCCUGGUUAUGCUCAGUUUGGUUCGAGUCAAGGUGUUUGCUUACAAUAAGCUACUUAAAGGAGGAAUUUGGAUUGUUGUUUUACCCAUCUUUGUCAUACCAAUUAUCCUCACUGAGCUACUUAGAAUCUAGCCUAUGAAUUGUUCUAUUCACAUGUCAGAAUUAAGGCACAGAUACCUUAAACAAACUCAAGUGUGAAUAUUUAAGUCUAUUUUUAUAACCUUACAAAGGAUUGUGAGUGGGUGAAAAAGUAAAGGAUCAGUUAAAGAGCAGGAUUUGUUACUCAGCUCUGGUUUAACUGACUUUUUGUUUUCGUUUUAGGCUGGGCCCUGUAUGGAGUUAUAAUGAGUUGAUUCAUAGAAAAGUUGCUUGUCAAUCCAUAUGCUAAAAGCCAGGUGACUGAGAGGAGGAAUUGUAACAAAGAAAGGCACUGCUUCACAUAUUCGUGACAGUAGAUCCUCUGAUGUGGUAACAGGGACUGUGAUCAUGGUGUGUGUGAGAGAAUACUAGAAAGUCAAUUAGGGAACUUUGAGUGAGAAAGGAAAUCCUCACUUGUUAAAUAGCCAAAGGACUGGAAUCAUUCAAAACCUGCUCUGUACAACUUGUAUUCUUCUGUUGCCAAACAUUGGUGUCAAAGAGAAGGCGGAGAAUCCUGACAAUGUCUAGACAUACAGAAUAUUUUUUAUAAUGUUAAUUUAUUUAAGUUUCUUGUUGUUUAAACAUUUGAUCAUUAAUAGGACAAUCUGACACAAGCAGUUCCGUUCAACAAGUUAUGCUAACAGAUUUUUUCCUUACAGAUUCAAAAGUGCAAGCUAUUUUCAGAUUUUUUUCCCAGUGUAGAUGCUUAAAAAUGUUAUCAGGGUUCAGCUAGUGCAUGGAUUCAUUUUUCCUGUAAUGCAAAGUCACUGUUAAUGCAGAAUCAUUUGAAAUCAGGUCCUACAGAACCCCUUUUCAGUUAAUUCAUCAUACUGUUCUAAAUAAAUGUUCCAACUUCA